AUGUCUUCGUCCGAUGAUUAUGGCAAGUCACCGCUGGAAGUCGAGUUCGAGGCCGAGAUCCGCUACUGCUCGUCCGAUAUGCGGCCGCUCACCAACAGAGAGCCUAAGAUAGUGCGCGGAAUAACGCUCCAGACCACUGUCUCCGAGCUGCUGAAUAUGUGCGACGAACAAGACAUCCUGGAAAUCGUCAUUGAAAAUGAGCACUCCUCCAAGUCGCUGGACCCCAGCUUGCCCUUGUAUCACAUCCUACAAUGCGGCGCAAACGUCACUACCGACCAGGUGCCCACGAUAAUAUCGGUCAGCGUGCUACUGCCCGGCUCGGUGGCACAGCUCAAGAAGUACGUGGUGGCCAUUACGGACGAGCUCGGACGCGAAAACAAGGUCGAAUUGACCUCCCAAGACUGCAUUCUAGUCGAUAACCGCCAGACCGGCUACGACUCCUACGUGCUCUUGUCCAACGCAGGUCGCCAAAAACUUGCGACCCUUGCUCCGCUCAACACAGAAUUCCAUGCCCGUAGUGCUCCGGCAGCGCGCGACUGGCCGGCUUCGGUAGGCCAGGUCUUCGCCACGUCAUUGCAUCUGCUCUUUAGCACGCCCUCCCUGCUGGUGCGCGGAGCGGUGCACUUCGCUACACAGGGAACGUUCUGGCGUCUCGUCAACAUCAGCUGGGUGGUGAUCAAGCUGGCUAUCGGGGUCACUGUCGUCGGGACUUCAACACAGGUAAGCAACGUUUCAGGCUUGAGAAACUUUAUCGCAGACAUUUUCUUGGGAUACAUUAUUUUGGGCACCAUGCUUGGACGCGAUCUGUGGGCGAGCUUGAAGGAGCUGGUCGAAAAAGAUCUGCCGGCGUCAGCACAGAGCUCUGUGCUGCCCGUGGUGCAAAAAGGGUUGUCCCUCUCUGAUGCGGUGCAACAGAAGUUAGAGUCGUCGAUAAUCCUACUGCUCCGAUUUCUUCUGCAACACGAAAGACGGGGGCCUUUGCAGUUGCCAGGAAAAAGCGGGCCCGAGGGCCCGCUGGACCCAAAAAGGGAACUAAGACACUAUUUUUGUGUGGCGUUGCAGGACGCCAUAUUACUGGUGAUCACUCUGCACCCAACAGUGUUUCUGCUCUGCCAACAGGAACUGAAGAGACAGCAGGAAUUGGUGGAGAAACUAGUCAGAGAUCAGAAGGAACGAGAGCACAUUGACUUAUCGGCUCAACAAGAAUAA